CCUCUGCUCGAUUCAGCAUUUGGUCGGUCUCGUGAGCUGAAUCCUCACUUUGAUUCCAAGAGUUUCAGUGAAUCGUAAUUCAUCCGUGAGGCGCAAGUGAGCUCUGAUACCUGCUGUCAGUCAGGACGAACUCGAAGCGAACUCGAAGCUUGUGAAACUUAGAAGGUGGGACAGGUGAAGCGCUCGGCAGAAGAAAGAAAGAAAGAAAGGACAAUAUCGUGAUCGAGAGCGAGAUGGAAACUCCAAAGAGUAAACGCGUGAUGGUCGCUGUGGAUGACACCGAAGUUUCUGCCUACGCCUUUCAAUGGGCCCUCGGAAAUUUCAUUUCUGAAGGGGACUACGUCAUCGUGCUCUCUGCUGCUCCGUAUCUCGGAAUCGACUAUCCCAAUGCAGAUAUGGCAUCAGAAUAUGGUGUGCCCAUGUUGGCAACACCGCAGGAUGCCGAGAGAGCUGAGAAGAAAGUGACGGGACACUCGAAGCAGCUAGUGAACAAGUAUCUCGACAUGUGUCGUCAAAAGAAUAUUGCUUGCGAAGGAGAAGUCGUGAAAGGAGAUGCAGGAAGCUGGAUCGUUGACGAGGGAGAGAGAGUCGCUGCCGAUGCGAUAGUUGUUGGUAGCAAUGCCCACGGUCUGUUGGCAAGGACUAUACUGGGCAGCAUAAGCGAUUACGUGCUACACAACUCUCCCUGCACUGUGGUCGUUGUGCGGCAGUCGGAAGAUGCACUCUGCAUCCAUGAUCCUCUUUCUUCACAGGAAAGCCGCAAGGUCGUCAUUGCCGUCGAUGAUUCGAAAGAGGCAAUCUACGCAUUUACUUGGGCUCUGAAGUUUUUUUGCAAGCCUUCCGACAAUGUGAUCCUGUAUCAUGUGCAUCAUCCAUACGUUCAACCCAUUACUGGGUCAGGAACAGGGGAAUUCGGCAUUGAAGAAGUGUACAUUCCUCCUGAUGUGAGCGCCAAGGACGAGGUGGAAUCCCUGAAAGAGAGUCAAAAAGUCGUGGAGAAGUUUAUGGCCUUUGCAAACCACGAAUCGAAAAUCAAGUGCGAGGGUAUCGUAAGGACUGGACAGACUGAGGCGAAAGUGAUCGAAGGUUUGAUUUCUCUAAAAGCGGAUGCCGUCGUUGUCGGAACCCAUGAAAAAGGUGCCGUGGCCAGGACCUUUUUGGGAAGUGUCAGCGACCAUUUGGCGCACAAUAGCCCGUGUCCAUUGAUUGUAGCCAAGGCGAAGAAAGAAGCUACCAUAGCCUUCGACGUAACUCCUCCGGAGCACGAAACAAACAACGGCGUCGCUAAACAUCAUUCGACUUGAGAGUGUCUCUCAAGUCGAAGGAGGAGCGCAGCUGACCACCCGAGGAGGGACAUGAUAGAUCCUGCAGGCCAUCUGACGAUGGUGAAGCUUCUUUUGCUGGGCAUCAACUCCAGCAAUUUUCUGAGACGAAUUUGGAAGGAAAUCCUCUUCACACAGGAAGGAAUUCCACAUCGCCGGUGCUGUGUUUGUAGAUUGCAGAUUGCAAGAGAGCUUGAGGUCGGCGUCAUAACUCAGUGAAGUGUACAAAAUUGCCUCUUUAGAAAUGUGCUAAAACUGUACCAUAUCAUUGAUAUUUCUCUCGUUUUCUCGUGGAGACGGAAGGUGAUAGAAAGCCUGCGACCUGGUUUAGAAGACACAUCUUAUUGCAGGCCUGCAAUCUUGUCAGACGUUGAACCUCAGUUGUUGUAAAUAAUACAGAUUUUAGCCAGCAAUUUACGCACUGCCAAAUGUUUUUCGCUGA